UCACAGCGCCAAGCUCCGACUGAUUCAUAGCUCUGUAUCGAUGGCUCAGAUUAUAGAGAAGGACCUGAUGAACAGAGUGAACAGAAGAAUGGCUUCAAUCUCCAACCAUCUCACUCCGAUCAAUUCACUUCCCAGUUCUGUUACUUUGUCCCUCACUUCUUCUUCUUCUUCUUCCAUGUACGACUACCACCGCACUCACGGAAAAGUCCCGACGCACCCAGUUGUGUGGGAAGCUGCUGUUGACGAGUCCGGCAAGGACUUCACUGACAUUAUCUACUAGAAAUCCGUCGGCGAAGGAAUAUCAAAGGUCCGGUGUAUAAUUAAUCUCAGACCGGAGCGGAGGAACGCGUUCUGGCCGCUGACGAUCAAGGAGCUGAUCCGGGCGUUUAAUGAUGCAGGGGACGAUACUUCCAUUGGUGUUAUUGUUCUUACUGGGAAGGGGACGAAGGCAUUUUGUAGCGGCGGCGAUCAGGCUUUGAGAAGGAAAGAUGGUUAUUCUGAUUUUGAGAAUUGUGGUCGUCUUAAUGUUUUGGACCUUCAGGUUCAGAUUCGUCAUCUUCCAAAGCCAGUAAUAGCCAUGGUGGCUGGUUAUGCUGUUGGGGGAGGGCAUGUGUUGCACAUGGUCUGUGAUCUAACCAUUGCAGCAGACAAUGCCAUUUUUGGUCAAACUGGCCCUAAGGUUGGGAGCUUUGAUGCUGGUUAUGGGAGUUCGAUCAUGUCCCGCUUGGUUGGACCUAAAAAAGCACGCGAAAUGUGGUUCCUAGCAAGGUUUUACACAGCCGCUGAAGCAGAGAAAAUGGGACUUGUUAACACUGUUGUACCGCUUGACAGAUUAGAGCAAGAAACGGUUAAAUGCUGCAGAGAAAUAUUAAGAAACAGCCCAACUGCGAUUCGUGUGCUGAAAUCAUCUCUUAAUGCAGUUGAUGAUGGCCAUGCCGGACUCCAGGAACUAGGUGGAAAUGCAACACUCGUAUUCUAUGGCACUGAGGAAGGAAAUGAAGGAAAUACAGCUUAUAUGCAACGCAGGCGUCCAGAUUUCACAAAGUUUCCCAGGCUUCCUUAAUACUGAACCACAUUUCCAAAUGCUGUUCAAGAUGGUGGUGAUUAAAUUUGGUAUCUACAACCCGAUUGCAUGGUGUCUUUGCAAGGUCAAAGCAAAGGAGGAAAAAGAAGCAAUCAGUGUUCUAAUUUUG